AUGUCGUCACCAGACGAUGACCAUGAGUCGCCGUCGCCGUUGUCCGUCGCUGAGCAGGCGAGACGGAAGAAGAAGCAGAGGGCCUGUGAUUACUGCAGGCGGAAGAAAAUUCGCUGCGACGGCGCAGAGAUGCCCGAGCACCAGUGUUCGAGGUGCAUCUCGCAGGGGAUUGAGUGCACAUACGAGCCUGUCAACACACGGCCCCCCAGCAAGAGCUAUGUGCAAAUACUGGAGAACCGGUUGCAGAACAUGGAGAAGCUGUUUGGCCAGCUUCAUCCCAACCUGUCCAUCCCCAAAGACUUCGACAGCGUACUCGAGGCUAAUCGCCUCAGAGCGCAGGCGGAGACACCGUCGGCCACUUCGGCCAGCUCCCCUUCCCGUCCGUCUGCCUACUCGAGUCCCAGCGGCUUGACUCCGCGGCCACCCGAGCCGGACGCCUCUGUCGAUUCCGACGAACUCGAUCCAAGUGACGAUGAGCGGCAAGCGAAGGUCAACAUACUUCGCCAGUUCAGACAUGGACUCGCAAUAACACCUGGAGGUGCCCUUCGGUACCAUGGCAAAUCGAGCAACCUCAUGUUCCUCCAAACCGUGAUGGAGCUGAAGGACAAAGUGACGGGAAUGAGACUCGAAGACACGCCGUCGGAUGGGGACAAGCAGAUGAGGGACCAGCUGAGUUUUUCAGAGUCGGGAGCUACCUCUUUCCAGACCAUGCCAAACAACUGGUCCCAAAGGAAGGAAGUGUCGAAAGACAAUCCACCACACUCGGACUUUCCACCGCGCGACCUGAUCAACCAACUUGCCGAUGCUUAUUGGGACAACCUCGAAAUGUACACACCCCUCCUGCAUCGCCCCACAUUCGACGGAUACCUCGACGAGGGAAAACACCUCACGGACCGUGGCUUUGGCUCCGUCGUCCUUCUUUCAGGCUGGCACUGGUUUGAGCGCGUGGACCAGGCUCGGUGGUCGGUCCUCGACCGGCCGAAACUCGAAGACUUGCAGGUGUGCGUGCUCACCGCUUCAUAUCUCGUCGGCACGCACUCACCUCAGAGCGGCUGGAACAUUAUUGGGCUCGGGAUACGGCUGGCGCAGGACGUGGGUUGUCACCGUAAGAAGAUGUACAAGCCGAACCCGAGCGUCGAAGACGAGUUGUGGAAGCGCGCGUUUUGGUGUUUGCUCGCAUUUGAUCGCAUGGGAAGCUUCGGGCUGGGUCGCCCUGCGGCCAUUCAUGACGAGGACUUCGACACUGAACCUCUGCUCGAAGUGGACGACGAGUAUUGGCUCAACGACGACCCGGGCUUGUGUUUCAAGCAACCAGAGGGGAAACCGUCCAGAGUUGCAUUCACGAACUGCUUCGCGAGACUGCAGAAGAUUCUCACGUUUGCGUCUCGGACUGUCUACUCUAUCAACAAGUCGAAGCUCAGUCUUGGUUAUGUAGGGGCAAAUUGGGAACAGCGAAUCGUCGCCGAUCUAGACUCCGCCUUAAACAGAUGGAUAGAUACAAUCCCAGAACAUCUGAAAUGGGAGAACCAGUCUUCGGCAGACGAUUUCUUCAUGGGUCAAUCGUCGACACUGUACUCCCACUACUACUUCGCUCAGAUUUGCGUCCACCGACCGUUCAUCCCAUCACCGAAUAAGCCGUCCCGUCUGCCGUUCCCUUCACUCACCAUCUGCACGAAUGCCGCACGUUCCUGCACCCACGUGCUGGAUAUAUAUUUCCAGCGCACAGGACGCGCGCUAACAAUGCAGCGGCUCCCGUUGUUCACCGCUGGACUAGUGCUUCUCCUCAACAUGUGGGGCAGCAAGAAAGCGGGGCUCCCUUUCAGUCCCAACAUGGACGAUGUGCAGAAGUGUGUGACCAUGCUGAAGUCGCUUCAGGGGCGCGCGAAAGCUACCAGUACAUUUUUGGAAAUUUUGAAUACUCUGGUAUCGAUCGGUGAUUUCAAUAUGCCCAAGUCGCCUCAGCCGGCACCUCCCCCUGGGCCAAGCAACCUGUCGGAUGGUGUACUGCAGUCACCCUUCUUCCGCAACACGGUUACACAUGACCCGAACACGCCCUCGGACCAAUCAUCACCAUCCACCAGCAAGGCCACGAACCCGACCCCAUCUCCCAACGUGUUCUCGCUCCCUAUGCACACUGCUGACCUCGGGCGCGUCGGUGUCUAUUCCACCUUUGCUACCACCCCCCGAGCUCCACAGAUGGAGGCCGAGUCGUUCCAGCUCAGCCCCCAGCAAAUGGAGCAAACCCGCGCCCGCACCCACAUGUCCCCGGGCCCAUCCCUGUCGCAGCCGGACCAAGGGAUCCCCGAGCUCGGCUUCGCGCGCCCGCGCGGGUAUACCGUGCCGGACGACAACAUCCCGAUGCCGCAGCAGCUCACUCAGUACAGCGAGCUGCUCGCCGCGCUCAGCGCCGCGCCGGCCACCCCCGGGAGCGGCGCCGCGCCCGCCGCGUUCGCGGGCCACGCGAACAGGGCGGCCAUGGCCGCCGCCGCGGGGUUCCCGAUGGACGGCUCGGGGUUCGGUGGAGAGCGCUUUUGUGGUGGCGCGGCGUUCGGCGGUGGAGGCUUCGGGGGUGCGGGCUUCGACGGGGACUUUGGGAUGGGCGGGCUCGGCGGCGGACUCGGCAUGCACGCGGGGAUGGCGGGCGUCGCGGGGCCCGCGAGCGCGGACACGCCGCCGGGCCUGGACGCGGACGUGGCGAUGAUGAGCGUGGAGGGGUUCGCGUUCCCGGACGCGACGAUGGACGCGUGGAACGCGGCGCCGACGUCGUUCGAGUGGGACGACUGGGGUGCGUACCUCGACACGAUGGGUGGGGUGCAACAACCGCAAGGGUUUGAGCAGCCGCAACAUGGUGCGGGGAUGGGGUUGUGA